UUUUGUUUUUUUUUUCGUGAUAAUCAAAAAUUACUAUUAUUUUUUUGUUUUCAUGUUAUGAAUCUUUGAUAGUCGUGAUGUCGAACCAAUGGUUUCAUAUUAUAGUUUUUAAACGGGUAAUAGUUAAAAAAAAGAAAAAAAAUUAUUAAGACAAAUCAUUUUACUACAAUUUGGUUGAUAGUGAAAGAAGUAUUAAGAAAAAAAAUAUUUUAACUUCCAAAAAAUUAGAUAUUUCAGUGGUGGUAAAUACUUAGUUAUAAGGUGCUCACGUCAAUGUGCAUAUGUAUGUGUAUGUAAAAGUAUAUAAAGAUGGUUGAUAAAUAUAUAAAGAUACUGUUAAUUAAAUAUUAAAUGAAAUUUUUUAAAAAAUAAUACAUGAAAAAUAAAAUUCUUAAAAUGAAAUUAUUUAAAACAAAAAUAUUAUAAAAUUUAUAUAAACUAUAAUAUAUAACUUAUAUAUAAUUCUUUAAAUAUAUAUAUGCAUAUAACAGAUUAAAUUGGAUAUCCGUUCCUAUAAAUAUUGAUAUUUGUGAUUUGCUUUUUUUUUUAACGGAUAUUGCAUUUUAGUAUUUGAUUUGUUUCGUAGAGUAAUGGAUAUUCGGUUCAAAUCAAAACGGAUAAUGAAUCGAAUCAAAAUUUAUGAAUAAUUUGUCCAGCUUUAUUUGUAAACAGUAAAAAUAACGUAAAAAAAACUAUGCAUAUGAGUUUUAUAUUAAAAACGUAAAGUAAAUAGUGUGAAUAUAUUUAUGUAGAGUUUUGCUGAAAAGUUCUCUACAUGUGAUAUGUGUUCAUUUUAGUGUGCACGCAUUUAUUACAAUGUUUCUACACGUAAUAUGUGUACAGUUUAGUAUGAUCGCAUUUAUUACAGUGAUUUUCCUCUAAUAUAUAAGGUAUUAAAAUACAGAAUGUAGAAAUAAAUCCUUAUAAUAUAACCGAGUAUUAUUUACAUGGACCAUAAUUCUUUGAUGUUUUUUUUUUGUUAUAUGGUCAUAUAAUUUGUGUAUGUGGCUCUGCCGAACUCAGUAUAGAAAAAUUAAAUUAAAUAUUUGAUAAAGUAAUAACCACAUGAUGUAAUUAUGUGAAGAGGAAAUUGUGCACAUGUGGCAUGCUUUGAUAUGGGGAAAGCCUACGUGAGGAAGAACAACGGUGGUAUGAAGAAUCAAAGGAAGAUGAGAUGUCAAGAUGAGAACCACCAGAAUGCACGAAGUUUGUGGUGUGUGGUCGUUUGCUUAUUUACUGUUGUUUCUUUUUCUUAUUCUUUACAUGUGUGGAUAAGAACUUCGGAACAAUUCAGAACUUUGGCGAAUGAACAUAAUUUAUAUAAAUUUUUUAAAAAUCUGGCCCAACUGCAAAAUGACGGAGACAUCAGUUUCGCAAACGAAACCGAUUAACGGGCUGGGCUGCAUUUAUGAUUUCUUGAUCUGGAUUGCCAGUGACGUGGCAGAAUGAAUGGCUGAGAAUAUUUUGCCUAUGUGGCAUCCUUUAUAACAUCUAAAAUUAGUCCCUAUUAUAUAGUGGGAUUUUUUCUUUCUUUCUUUUUUUUUGUUCAACUAAGAAAAAUCAAUUAUAUUUUCUUUCUUUCUUAACCUGAUUUUGCAAAUAUAUUUUGUAAAUUAUGAUUUUACAAAUUUACCGUAAUCAAUACAAACGUUAAGACAAUGCAAUAUGCAUUCAGUUUUUUUUUUGGCAAAUAAAAGAAAAUAUGGAAGCUUUGAAUAAUCAAUGUGGAUCCGAUUGGUAAUGGUUGUAACUUUAAACUUUAUGAUGUCGAAAAAAAUCUGUAAAUUUUUUUGUUGUGGUUUUAGAUUUUAUUGCUGUAGAAUUUUAUGGAAAAUAUUAAAAAUUGUUUUUGAUAUUUGGCUCUGCAGAGCAUUUGUACAACUUAUUUUAAGAGCUGUGAUUUUGAAAAAAAAAAUUAAAACUUAACUGCUCUGAAUUUGAUGUUGUAGAAAUAAAUAGGUUUGUGAACAUCAACUACAACAACUAUCAAUCACCUUCUAUAUCGUGGGAGGUAGUACGUAACUUUUUCUUGAUAUCCACAAUAUAGAUCUCCCAAAAGCUAAGAAUAUAUAUAUGGGUAUCCAAAUCAAAUGCAAAAUUGACUCGCCUGCUAAUGUAGUUAGAUCUAUAUUUGAACCAAUAUAAAAUUAAAAUAAAUUUGCAUAAAAAAAUUUCUUGCAACCUUGCUAAUUAACACAAUUACAUAACUUUCUUCUAAUCAUCCAUCCCUUUUCACUUUUGUAUAAACCUUGUUUAGGUUGUUAAUGGAAAGUAUCAUUAAAUAUUAAAAUAUCACACAUUAAAUAUUGAAUAAAUUGGUCCAAUCAGUCCACCUCGCACCAUAACACAUCUUUUUAUAAAUUCCAUAGACAGACCACCGCCUAUUUGCACUCGUUCUUCUUCUCCACAGACCACGACCCUUCAAAACGUCGCCGUAUAAGUGCAUAACGUCUCUCUUUCAUCCUUCACAACUUUUCUCUGACAACUUUCUCUUUUCAAAAGAUAAAACACCUAAAGUUAAACUGGCCCUCCUCCAUUUUCGUUCACAAAAUCUUGCUUUAUACAGCACAUACUCAUAUCCUCAUCCUAUAUCAUCCUCUGAUUCUGGCUCUUGACUUUGUACAAACAACGGUGGCGCAAAAAACGGCAGAGCGUUCGUUUAUAGAAAUAUGGGGAAGAUUUUAAAAUCUAAGUCUUCUUGGCCAAGAACCGUCGUUAGGAAGUGGCUAAACUUACGUAGCGGCGCUUACGAGUUUCACUCCGAUUACCCAGUCAAAGGGAAGAUGGAGCCAACUCAGUCGAGGAGAAAAAGUUGCUCCGACGGUGAUUAUUACAAGAUCAUGCCGGAGAAGUUCCCAGGUUUGCUGGGACAAGGAAAUGGGGAUUUAAAACAAUCAACCGGUGAACAGCAUGUGACACGUGUCGAUGACAAACUUGAUCUCAAAAUGUUCGUCGGGACAUGGAACGUGGGAGGGAAGUCGCCACAUGAUGGAUUAGACUUAAAAGAUUGGCUUCAAUCUCCCGCAGAUGCCGACAUUUACGUGCUAGGGUUUCAAGAAAUCGUCCCGCUAAAUGCUGGUAACGUACUAGGAGCCGAGGAUAAUGGUCCUGUGGCCAAGUGGCUGUCUCUUAUCCGAGAAGCCUUGAACAAUAACAACCACAACUUAUCACAAAAUGACCUCAAACUUUCUAAAAACCACAGAACCUCCUUCGAACUUACGAAAUCAUCACAACAGCCCCGUCUCAGCUUCUCCAAUAUUUCGGAUGAUAACCCAGCUUCAUGCAACUCGACCACGCCUCAAGGCUAUUCCCUUGCAGCGAGUAAACAGAUGGUGGGGAUCUUUUUGUGUGUUUGGGUUAGAGAUGAUCUCCGGAAACGUAUUACCAACCUCAAGGUUUCAUGCGUUGGUCGUGGCAUCAUGGGAUAUCUUGGAAACAAGGGCUCGAUAUCUAUCAGCAUGUCAGUGCAUGAGACGAGUCUAUGCUUUGUUUGUACGCAUCUUACGUCUGGAGAAAAAGAAGGCGACGAGGUCAGAAGAAACUUAGAUGUGACCGAGAUAUUAAAGAGGACAAGAUUUUCGCGCUCUUCUAAAGAUUCUCGUCCCGAGACAAUAAUGGACCAUGAUAAAGUAAUAUGGCUAGGCGAUUUGAAUUAUCGGCUAAGGGCCAGCAGUGACGUGCAUGAACAGCUUAAUAAUAAUGAUUGGGAAGCACUUCUAGAGAAAGAUCAGCUAAAGAUAGAACAAAGAGCUGGUAGAGUUUUUCAAGGAUGGGAAGAAGGAAAGAUUUAUUUUGCACCAACAUAUAAGUACCUUAUAAAUUCUGAUAAUUACGUUGCCCAAACCGAAAAAUCAAAGGAAAAGCGCAGAACACCAGCUUGGUGUGAUCGAAUAUUGUGGAAAGGUGACGGGAUGAAACAAAUUUGGUACACAAGGGGAGAGUCAAGAUUCUCGGACCACAGACCGGUUCAAUCUCUAUUCUCGGUUCAUAUCGAUUUAACUCUAAAUCAAUCAAACCGGAAAACUAAACCGAACAACGAGAACCAUCGUCCAAACCCGGUGUUGCCAUACACAUGCCACGGGAAAGUCCAGGCUGAAGAGAUCUUAUUGCUCACACGAGCACAAAGUUGUAUAGACACACAACCUAGACUCAUAUCAUCUGUUUCUUGAUUUAUUAUUACCCUUUGGAUGUUUUCAUGUUGCCAAAGAAGAGAUGACACGUGGGUUUCUACGAUUGGAUGGUGGAACUUUCAUAUGUGCAAAAGCAAGAUUGUUAAUUUAAUUUUAAUAUUGGGUUAACUUUGUUUAUAGUUUCCCUAUAUUAGCUAAAUUUUGUGUAAAAGAAUAGAGAAUUUUUUUUACUGUUUGUUAA